UUCUAAAGCAAUGUAGUGUGCCAUCGUGACGGCGAAAGGAGUGAAAGUUAAGCGACUUGUCAAAAUUCUUUAUCCAAUGUCGGUUUUUAAAAUUCAUGUGCGGAUUUGUAAGAUUCAACUAAUGGAUAUAUUAUAAAGUUGGACAGCGAAAACGCUGAAAAUGCCACUGAAACAGAUGCAUCAGAAUGGGAUAACGAUUGCGAAGCAGAAUGAUUUUGAAAAUCAAUUUCGGCCUUCAAUCAUAUCCCAUCUCCCCCCUCUCAGCGCAAGGGAGCCUGCUUAUAGUGAAAAGCCAAAAAUAUUAGAACGAGGAUCUUACACACAAGCGGCUCCGAUAAAGGAGAAAAAACACUUCCGAAAAGUUAGCGACUCAAUCGGUAACAAUUACAGUCCGGAUGCGCGGCAUCUCACGACCUCAUUUAUCUAUGAGACAACAAAGUUCGAUUACACAACUGAGGAGAAUUUCUUCCUGUCUCUGAAAGCCAGACCGUCAUCCCCUGGUGACAUACGUCGCCUAGCAACCCUUGCGACCCCGCGCAAUGUAUCUCAUGACUACUUUAAUACUAGUAAACAGAAUGGUGACUUGUUGAGACAUUCAGCACACAACUACAGGUCACUUUCCCACCGAGCUCAGAAUGGUGCUAUCCCAGAAAAUGGCUACCAGACUGUGCUGCCACCUAUCACAAGCCAUACAGGUCAGAGUGACACAGAUUACAGUAGCUAUGCCAACGGGACCCUGUCUCAGAGCUACACAGGAAGUUCCCAUCACCACACCAGCAGUUCCGGCGGAGCUCGUGGAGAGGAGACGACCCGGUUUAGUUCUGUCAGUGUUGAUGACAGUGUGGACAGUGGCCGUCCUUCUUCUCCCCCAUUUAUACAUGACAUGCCAGUACUUCAGGAGGAUCAGUCUCAAGAGGAUGAAUCAGAUGAUGACUCGGGUGGAGUUGAUGAUGACGAGUUGCGAUUGGCAACAGGAUAUGAUGACAUGACCUUGUCAGUCCUGAAGGUCGUUUUCCCGCCAUUUUACUACUCCACCCAUGGGUUGUCACGGCCCUGUACCCCCACAGAGGAUGACAAACCGAGAUACUACCAGUUGGUAGACAAGGCUAUAGACUCAUACAUGGUCUCACCUGUAUCCAAGGAGACCAUCCAGGGUAUCUACAACUUUGUCCCGAAGGAGCUUCGUAUGUCCGUACCGGCCGCUUGUAAACAAUUCCUCAAGGAGAUGGACGAGGACAGGAAGUAUGCCAUAAAGAAAGCCAUUCUGGACUAUAUCCUGUUGGAUCAUAAAGAACAGGAGAGACUUGGUGUCUGGAUGCCAGAGAAACCAUCUAACUCUGCAGGCAGAGAGGUGUUUCCCUGGCAUCAGACAGUCCUAGAGCGACGAGAUUUCAUGACCAGAGAUUUGUACAUUACACACCCAAUAAUGUACAACAUCCUCUACCACUUUGAGUCUAAAUAUGGAAUGUUCCGACUGAUUGAUCUGCCAGCACUGAAACAGAUUAUGCCAGUAACCAUGGAAACGUUCUUGAAGCAUGUGCAGAACUCGAGCAGUGCAGGGGCUGAUUUGUUACGCAAGCAGUGGCUACAAGAAUGUUGUGACAUGGUGGAUAGUCGACGGGAUGACGUGGAAAAAUGGAUGCCUCAGGAUGAUCCGGGUCUACGGAUGGUGAAGAUGGACCACUUUUUUGCAAGUGUAUCUUCUCUGAUGUCCAAUCUGCUGAGGUCCUGUGUGAAAAACUCCAUCCUUGACCUCGUUGACCUUGUGGAGGAGUAUUAUGAGGGAAACAAGUAUGAGGGUGUAUACAACAUCAUGGAGGGCCUGGCCCUGCCUCAGAAAAUGCAUCCUGUCAAGUUCUUCAUGGAGGAAGAUGAGGCCAAGGCUAGUCUGAAGUUCAAGCCACCAUUCCCAGAUGUAUGUGACUUUUUCUGUCUCAUCAUUGACCUUAUGGUGACCAGCGUACAGGAACUUCCCUGCAUCAACAACCUGCUAUUCCAGGCAUAUGAGGAUCCCGAAAAUCAAACCAUCUCUACGGUUUUAAUAGAAGAGGAGAUUGUGGUCACAUCAAAGGAGAGGAUUCGGACAGUAAUCAAGGCAAAUGAGUUCGGACCAACAAGCUACAAGGCCGUGUACGAACCCUACAAGUACCUGUUGUCAGUGGAAAUGGUACAGAAAAUACAGAAGUUUGUUGGUCGUGAACGACCCCUAAGGGAAUAUGUCAAAGAGAUUGAGACGUUGAAGAAAAAGGCAUCGGAGAUCGGAUCUCUUCCUGUGUUCAUACCAAUGCAUUUCUUCCUUCUUGACUGCAACCACAUCAAUAAGUGGCUGAUUGACAGAGCCCGGUACCUAAUAGAGAUUCUAGUGACCAAUAUCAUGGACACCAGUCACAAAUUUAACCGUGGUAUAUGUAAACAGUACGACACAAUCGUCAAGAGUGUGGCCAUGCAGGCGGAGAACACAGAAGAACUCGUCAAACUGAAGAACUAUGUGGACAGUCUCAAGUGUGGGGAGCUUCUAGAGCUCAAGGACAAACAGGAGGUAGCAGCUGGUAACCUGAUGUUUCUGUUGGAGUAUACAUAUCUACCCAAAGAUGACAUCAUCCUCAACAACAGUACCUUCUCCUGGGCCGAUCGUAUUGUCCCAAUCAUAACCAACACUGAAAACAAACUCCAGCGAGAACAUGAUAUUUAUUGCCAAAAGUUACGUGACAAAAAGAAGAAUUUCCAAAAUCAGUUGGAUGAGACUGCCAAACAGGUGGCAAGUUUUGCUCACCGAGACCGAAUGUCGGAGGCGGAGAAUUAUGUACAGGACCUCCGAGAUAUAGAACAGCGACUUGAGGGGUUCCUGGAGGAGAAAGCGAAGAUUAACCGCGAGGAACAGUUGUUGGAACUGGAGACUGUUACACCAUACAAUCAGAUACAGGACAUCAUGGUGGCCCGCGAGCCAUACGAGAAGCUCUGGAACACUGCGGUCACCUUCCAUAAGGAACAUGAUAAAUGGAUGAAUGGGCCUCUCCUUGAGGUCAACGCUGAGGUCGUGGAGGAAGAGGUACAAACAUUAUGGAGAACUGCCUACAAACUCACCAAGCAGUUCGCUCACCCAGAUUUCAAGGGACCAAUGAGAGCUUCAAUCUCUAUCAAAUCAAAGCUUGAAAAGUUCAAAAUCAACAUGCCCCUGAUCAAUGCCCUGUGCAAUCCUGGAAUCAAGAAACGCCACUGGGACAUGAUGAAUGAGAAGGUUGGGUUUAACAUGGCACCAUCAGAGGAAACACCUCUUAUGGAGGUUCUACAGAUGGAGCUGGAUAAAUACCUUGAUGUGCUGAUGGAAAUCAGCUCACAAGCCAGCAAAGAGUUUGCCCUCGAAAAGGCUCUGACUAAGAUGAAGGAUGAUUGGGAGAAUAUGCAUUUCGGCUUUGUUCCCUACAAAGAUUCAGGAAUAAAUAUACUUUCUGCACCAGACGAAAUACAGGUUCUCCUUGACGAUCACAUCGUCAAGACAACAACCAUGAAAGGAUCCCCAUUCAUAGGUCCGUUUGAAACACAGAUCAAUGAAUGGGAUAUCCGACUUCAUCGUAUGAAAGACAUUCUAGAUUCGUGGCUCAAGGUGCAGGCUGCGUGGUUGUAUCUGGAGCCAAUCUUUGGCUCACAGGACAUUAGAAACCAGAUCCCAGUAGAGGGCAAGCUGUUUGAGGAGGUCGAUGGACAUUGGAAAACCAUUAUGGAGCAUGCCGUACUUAAUACAAAGGCCCAGGUGGUUUGCUCACAAGAUCAGAUGCUGGAAAAGUUACAGAAAUCUGAGUCUAUGUUGGACGAUAUCCAGAAGGGACUCAAUGACUACCUGGAGAAGAAAAGGCUGUUCUUUCCAAGGUUUUUCUUCCUCUCUAAUGAUGAGCUGUUGGAGAUACUCUCUGAGACUAAGGAUCCAUUGAGGGUACAGCCUCACCUAAAGAAAUGCUUUGAAGGUAUCGCCCAGCUCAGCUUCGACCCGGACAAGGUCAUCCUCGCCAUGGAGUCUGCAGAGAAGGAGAUCGUACAGUUCUCAAAGACCAUCAUCCCAGCGGAUGCUUGUGGCCUGGUGGAGCGAUGGCUGUUACAGGUCGAGGACGUGAUGAAACUCAGUCUGAGAGAGGUGUCAAUUAAGGCUGUUAAAGCUUACCCCAAUUGUCCAAGACAUGAGUGGGUGUUACAAUGGCCAGGACAGAUAGUGCUGGCAGCAAGUCAGAUCCACUGGACAACAGAGGUCACGCAGGCUAUCAACAGUAACUACCUGGGGCCGUACCUGGCUAAGAGUAACAAACAGAUAGACGAGGUCGUACAGAUGGUACGAGGCUCACUCACCAAGAUGGCUAGGAUCACUCUGGAGGCUCUCAUCGUCAUAGACGUCCAUGCCCGAGAUGUCAUAGCUAACCUAGCUAAGCUGGAGAUGAGUAGUCCAGUAGAUUUCUCCUGGAUAAGUCAGCUUCGCUACUACUUUGAGGACAACUCUGUCAUGGUGAAAAUGAUCACCACAACUGUAGCUUAUGCCUACGAGUACCUGGGCAACACAGGGCGUCUAGUCAUUACCCCACUCACAGACAGGUGUUACAGAACCUUGAUGGGAGCAUUGCUGUUAAAUCUGGGCGGUGCCCCAGAAGGACCCGCCGGAACUGGCAAAACUGAGACAUCCAAAGAUCUCGCCAAGGCCGUGGCCAAACAGUGUGUAGUAUUUAACUGCUCGGACGGACUUGACUACAAAGCCAUGGGCAAGUUCUUCAAGGGCCUGGCCCAGUCUGGAGCCUGGGCGUGUUUUGAUGAAUUCAACAGAAUAGAGUUAGAGGUGUUGUCUGUCAUUGCCCAGCAAGUCCAGACGAUACAGAGAGCCAUUGCGGAGCAGGUUAAGAUGUUCAUGUUUGAGGGUACAAACAUUUCGAUUGACCCAACAUGUACAAUAUUUAUUACUAUGAACCCUGGGUAUGCAGGGCGUGCAGAACUGCCAGACAAUUUGAAGGUAUUGUUUCGUACUGUUGCCAUGAUGGUGCCCGACUACGCCAUGAUUGCUGAGAUAUCGCUCUAUUCCAUGGGAUUUGUAGAUGCGCGUAGCAUGUCAACAAAAAUUGUGGCCACAUAUAGAUUGUGCUCAGAACUGUUAUCAUCACAGCACCACUACGACUACGGGAUGCGUGCUGUGAAGUCUGUGUUGACGGCUGCUGGGAGUCUGAAACUGAAAUACCCAGAACAGAGAGAGGACGUAUUGGUGCUGAAGUCAAUCAACGACAUUAACCUUCCAAAGUUUUUAUCCCAAGACAUCCCGCUGUUUGAGGGAAUCAUAUCGGAUCUGUUCCCAGGGAUACAACUGCCAGCGAUGGACUACGGAGACUUGCAGGAAGCUCUUAUUGAGAACCUCAAGAAAUGUAAACUCCAGGCUGUACCCUGGUACCUAGAUAAAAUCAUACAGAUAUACGAUAUGAUCCUCGUGAGACACGGUCUGAUGAUUGUGGGGGAUCCCCUCGGCGGGAAGACAAAUGCCUUCAAGGCACUCGCUGCUACCCUCGGGGAUAUGAGUAAGAGUGGCAAGAUGGACGAACAUAAGGUCCAAUAUAGAAUUAUAAACCCAAAGGCUAUUACGAUGGGUCAGUUAUAUGGACGAUUUGAUCCAGUAUCUCAUGAAUGGUUUGAUGGUGUACUGGCAAAUACGUUCCGUGAGCACGCCUCGAGCACAACCGACCUAAGGAAGUGGAUCGUGUUUGAUGGGCCUGUGGAUGCUGUGUGGAUCGAAAACAUGAACACUGUCCUGGAUGACAAUAAAAAGUUGUGUCUGAUGAGUGGAGAAAUCAUUCAAAUGAGCAACAAACAGAACAUGAUAUUUGAGCCACAGGAUCUGGAACAGGCAUCCCCCGCCACAGUCAGCAGAUGUGGUAUGAUCUACAUGGACCCUCUACAGCUUGGCUGGAAGCCAUUCGUCCAGUCCUGGAUGGAGAAUGACCUCCCGGAUAACCUCAAUGCAGAGCAACGUGAAAUCAUUAAAAUGCUUUUUGAUUGGCUGCUGCCCCCGUGUGUGAUGUUUGUUACCAAGUACUGUAAGGCUCUCCUUAGCUGUCACCCUCUCCACCUGACCACCUGUCUACUCCGCCUCUAUGGCUGUCUUAUGUUGGAUGUCAAGGCCAUUGGGGCAGAGGAAGAGGAUGAUGAUGAGAUUAUAGAGGAUGAUGAUGAAGAUGAAGAGGCCAAGGAGAAGCCAGUAUCGAUGAACGACCAGAAGAUCAUUGAAGAACGUACCAAUAUGCUGAUCAGCUAUUUCUUCUUCUCCAUCGUGUGGUCUGUAGGAGGGGCACUGGAUGCCAACUCACGUAUCAAAUUUGAUGAAUUCUUCCGAAACUUAUGUGACGCAGAAGCUGGAGGGACGGUUAGCAAAUACCCAAAGCUGGGCCAUAUUACACGGCCUAAGGAGCUCAAGUUCUCACGGGGACUGAUGAUCCCUAAGAAGGGCCUAGUAUAUGACCAUGUGUACAUCCGAAAACAGUUCGGCUCCUGGUAUACCUGGAGUAGCCUCAUCCAGCCAUUCAAGAUCGACGACAAAGCUAAGAUUAAUGAGCUGAUUAUCAAUACCGUGGAGACAGAACGUCAGCGGUACUUCCUGGACCGUCUCGUGAUGCUGGACAUCCCCACACUAUUCGUGGGCCCCACAGGUACCGGCAAGUCGGCCAUCACCAACAGCUUCCUACUUCAGCUACCCAAAGAUAAAUACAUCAUCACCAACAUCAACUUCUCAGCCCAGACCUCGGCCAGUCAGACACAAGACAUUAUCUUCUCCAAGCUUGACAGGAGGAAGAAGGGUAUAUAUGGUCCCACAUUGGGUAAGAAGCUGUGCGUGUUUGUUGAUGACCUAAACAUGCCAGCCAAGGAGAAGUAUGGAGCUCAGCCUCCUAUUGAGAUUCUGAGGCAGUGGAUGGACCACAAGUAUUGGUUUGACAGGAAAGACACCACAAUUCUGGAGCUGGUUGAUAUUGUCAUGGUGUCUGCUAUGGGCCCUCCUGGUGGAGGUCGAAACAAUGUCACUCCCCGUUUCACCAGACACUUCAACGUCAUUGGCAUAGAAUCUUUUGAUGAAGAAACCAUGAAGAAUAUUUUCUCUCCCAUUUUAGACUGGCAUUUCAACUUCUUUGAGACACCUCUUCGUAGGUUUUCACGGAUUAUCCUGGUGAGCACAAUGGAGAUAUAUAACAGUGCCAUUGUCAAGUUCCUGCCCAGCCCGUCACGAUCGCACUACGUCUUCAACCUCCGUGAUUUUGCAAGGGUUGUUCAGGGUAUUUUGCUGUUGAAGCCAGAUGUGAUGCCAGUUGAGGGAAACGAGGCCUCACAGAAAAUCAUGAGGCUGUGGGUACAUGAAGUCUAUCGGGUCUUCUACGACCGCUUAGUGGACGAAACUGACCGUGAGGUUUACUUUGGUCUUGUCAAGCACUGUAUAGAGACUCACUUCAAGGAGAAGAUGAACAUCCUCUUUAAACACCUCAUACCAAAGGAGAAUGAUCAGCGGAUCACAGUUGUCGACGACGACAUUCGCAGUCUUCUGUUUGGAGAUUAUCUCUCAAAGGGCAAGGAGGAAAAACUGUAUGAUGAAAUAUCCAGCAUGGAUGAUCUAAGAGAGACAAUAGAAAACUACCUGGAGGAGUACAAUAUGAUGAGCAAGGCUCCAAUGAGUCUAGUCAUGUUCAGGUUUGCCAUAGAACACAUAUCUCGCAUCAGCCGGGUCCUCAAACAGCCGAAUGGACAUUGUUUACUCGUUGGUAUUGGAGGCAGUGGUCGACAGAGUGCCGCCAAGUUAUCAGCAUUCAUGUCCGACUUUGAGCUAUUCCAGAUUGAGAUAACGAAAAACUACACAACGUCUGAAUGGCGAGAGGACCUAAGGCACAUGAUGAGACGGGCUGGUGACGAGGGUGUGUCCAUGGUGUUCCUGUUUGGUGACCACCAAAUCAAGGAUGAGUCUUUCUUGGAGGAUGUCAAUAUGAUACUUAAUACUGGAGAUAUCCCGAACUUGUACGAGAAUGAGGACAGACUAGCCAUCAUUGAAAGGAUGCAGAACCUGUGUCAGCAGCAGAAUCUAGUGAUGGAAAUGACCCCACUCAACAUGUACAACAUGUUUAUAGAGCGCAUCAGACGUAACCUCCAUGUGGUUCUGGCAUUCAGUCCGAUAGGCGACGCCUUCCGUAAUCGUAUCCGCAUGUUCCCAUCUCUCAUCAAUUGUUGUACUAUAGAUUGGUUCAAGGCCUGGCCUGAGGAUGCCUUAGAAUUAGUGGCCAACAAGUUCCUAGAUGAUGUGGAAAUGUCACAGGAAGUGCGUGAGGAGACUGUGGUCAUGUGUAAACAUUUCCACGAGAGCGUACGCGCCCUGUCAGAAAAGUACUAUGAUAUUCUAAGGAGAAGAAACUAUGUGACACCAACAUCCUACCUAGAGCUUAUCAAGACAUUCAAAAAUUUACUGAACAAGAAACGACUUGAAAUACUCACUCUCAAAAACAGAUACCAAGUUGGUUUGGAAAAGCUCAACUUCUCAGAACAACAGGUGAACAUCAUGCAGCAAGAACUCGUGGAGCUGAAACCGAAGCUUGAGGAGACGAGUCGUGAUACUGAGGACUUGAUUAAGUACAUCGAGAAGGAAAGGAUCGAGGUGGAAUCUGUAAAGGCUGUCGUAGAGAAGGAUGAGGCAACAGCUAAUGAAGCAGCCAGCGAUGCACAGUCUAUUAAAAUUGAAUGCGAGGAGAAGCUAGCCAUAGCAAUGCCGGCCCUCAAUGCUGCUGUGUCUGCCCUGGACACCCUCAAUCAGAAUGACAUCACCCUAGUCAAGACUAUGAACAACCCUCCAUUGGGCGUCAAACUUGUCAUGGAGUCUGUCUGCAUUAUGAAGGGUAUCAAACCAGACCGGAAGGUAGACGGAAAUGGAAAAGCUUACGAGGAUUACUGGCCAGCAGCUAAGAAGAUGCUUGGAGAUUUAAAAUUUCUAGACUCACUCAAAGAAUAUGAUAAGGAGAACAUUGCACCAGCCACCAUUAAGAAAAUUCGGGAAAAGUAUGUUGUCAACCCAGACUUUGAUCCCAAUAUCAUCAAGAAGGUGUCGUCUGCUUGUGAGGGGCUGUGUAAGUGGGUCCGAGCCAUGGAUGUGUUCGAUAGUGUGUGGAAGAUUGUCCAUCCAAAGAGGAAAAAUCUAGAAGAAGCUGAAGCUAUUCUAGCCACACAACUGGCAAAGCUUCAUGAAAAACAGGCUCAGCUGAAAGAGGUCACAGACAAACUGAACAUGCUGCUGGAUAACCUCAAGGUCAAACAGGAGGAAAUGAAGAACCUUGAGGAUAACAUAGAGCUGACCAAAGUAAAGAUAGAGAGAGCCGAGAAGUUGAUCAGCGGACUGGGUGGAGAGAAGGAUAGAUGGACACUGAACGUUGAAGACUUAUCUGAGACGUAUGACAACAUUGUUGGUGAUGUAUUACUAUCAGCCAGUGUGGUGGCGUAUCUCGGCCCAUUCAUUCUCGACUAUCGACAGGAAUGUGUGAAGGAGUGGUAUGGAAUGUGUAAGGAGAAGGGGAUUCCCCUCUCUGAAGUCUUCUCCUUACAGGCAACACUAGGUGACCCUGUCAAGAUCCGCGAUUGGCAAAUCGCUGGACUUCCAGUUGACAAUUACUCUGUGGAGAAUGCCAUCAUAGUAACCAGUGCUAAUCGUUGGCCACUCAUGAUCGACCCACAAGGUCAGGCAAACAAAUGGAUCAAAAAUAUGGAAAAGGCCAACAAACUCGAGAUUAUCAAACUGUCCGACCCUAACUACAGCAGACAGCUAGAGAAUUGUGUACAGUUUGGAAACCCCUGUCUGCUGGAAAAUGUUGGAGAGGAAUUAGACCCUAUCCUGGACCCAAUCCUCCUUAAACAGACAUUCAAACAGAACAACAUGGAGUACAUCCGUGUAGGUGACCAUAUCAUAGAGUACAGUCGUGACUUCAAGUUCUACAUCACAACCCGUCUCCGUAACCCACACUACCUCCCAGAGGUCAGUGUCAAGGUCACACUCCUCAACUUCAUGAUCACCCUUCUGGGUCUUGACGACCAGUUGCUAGGGAUUGUUGCAGCCAAAGAGAAGCCAGAGUUGGAGGAGACCAAGAACCAGCUGAUCCUGGAGAGUGCCCAUAACAGACGUCAACUCAAAGAGAUCGAGGACAAAAUCCUUGAAGUCUUAUCGUCGUCACAGGGUAACAUCUUGGAGGAUGAGACGGCCAUACAGAUUCUAUCGUCCAGUAAAGUUUUGUCGCUGGAAAUCUCUGAGAAACAGGUGACCGCCACCAAGACAGAGGCUGAAAUAGAUGAGGUCCGCAAUGGAUACAAACCGGUGGCAAAACAUGGCAGCAUCCUGUUCUUUGUCAUAUCAGACCUCGCUAACAUUGACCCCAUGUACCAAUACUCCCUCUCCUGGUUCAUCAACCUAUAUCUACAGUCAAUCAUCAACAGUGCGCCAUCAUCUGACCUUAGUCAGCGUAUCUUUAACCUCAAUGACCACUUCACCUAUAGUAUCUACAGGAAUGUGUGUCGAUCCCUGUUUGAGAAGGACAAACUACUCUUUUCCUUCCUGUUGUGUAUUGGCAUUGCAAAGCAGCAGGGAGAAGUUGACGAUCGUGAGUGGAGAUUCCUGUUGACAGGAGGAGUUGCCCUGGAGAACUUAUUCCCAAACCCCGCUUCUAGCUGGCUCCCAGAGAAGUCGUGGGGCGAGAUUGUACGCUGUUCAGAUCUUCCUGCUUUCAAGGGCUUCAUGGAACAUUUCAAACAGAAGCUGGCUUUGUGGAAGGCACUGUAUGACUCGACUACGCCCCAAACAGAGCCUAUUCCUAAACCUUGGUCAGAUAACCUGACUCAUCUGGAGCAACUUAUCAUGCUGAGAUGUCUACGCCCUGACAAGAUGGUGCCAGCAGUACAGAUGUUCAUCGUGGAGAAAAUGGGCCAGCGCUAUAUUGAGCCCCCAACCUUUGACCUAUCUGUCUGCUACCAAGACUCGCAGUAUUUUUCACCACUGAUUUUUGUUUUGUCACCUGGAGCAGAUCCGAUGGCUGGACUCUACAAAUUUGCAGAAGAAAAAGGUUUAAUUCCUCGAACUCUGCCACGCGAGGCGACCUUGGCAGGUUCCAAGGAGAAAGAUGACCCCAAACACAACAUAGCUUCCAUCCUGGGGGUGUCUAGUACCUCCUCCGAACAGAGAGGUUCUGGUGGAAAAGGACUGAAGACUAUUUCUCUCGGUCAAGGUCAAGGUCCUAUUGCUGAAAAGAUGAUAAAUGAGGCAAUAGAAGCAGGUACAUGGGUGGUGCUGCAGAACUGUCACCUUGCAGCCUCUUGGCUAGGAGAGAUGGAAAGGAUUUGUGAAACUGUGAUAAAUGACCCUACGAAAACCAAGUCUACCUUCCGUCUCUGGCUGACCAGCUAUCCCUCCCCAGACUUCCCUGUGUCCGUCCUGCAAAAUGGGAUCAAGAUGACCAACGAGCCUCCUAAAGGGCUGAGGGCCAACCUGCUGCGGUCCUACCUCAACGAUCCCAUUUCUGACCCCACCUUCUUCAAAUCGUGCAAUAAACCAGAUGUGUUUGAAAAGUUGCUGUUUGGCCUAUGUUUCUUCCAUGCCCUGGUCCAGGAGAGGAGGAAAUUCGGACCACUUGGCUGGAAUAUUCCAUACGAGUUCAACGAAUCUGACCUCCGGAUAUCAGUUCGACAGUUGGAGAUGUUUAUCAGCGACUACAAAGCUCCCCCAUUAGAAGCACUGUCCUACUUAACUGGAGAAUGUAACUAUGGCGGACGGGUGACUGACGACAAUGACAGGCGCCUCAUCUUGAGUAUCCUGAAAACGUUCUACUGUAAGGAAAUUAUCACUGAUGAUAAUUACAAACUGUCACCGUCGGGGAUCUACUUCGCCCCACCCAAGGGGACGUACAAUAGUUAUGUGAGCUACAUCAAGGGUCUACCUCUCACACCUCAUCCAGAGGUGUAUGGUUUCCAUGAGAACGCUGAUAUAUCCAAGGAUCAGCACGAGACCCAACAGCUGUUUGAUGGUAUCCUGUUGACACUUCCAAGACAGGAUGAGACGAGUGGAGCUGGAAAGUCCUCACAAGAAAUCAUAGAGGAACUUGCAAGUGAUAUUCUCACCAAGAUACCGCCAGACUUCAACCUAGAAGAGGUCAAGACAAAGUACCCAGUACGCUACGAAGAGUCCAUGAACACUGUGUUAGUUCAAGAACUAAUCCGGUUCAACCGUUUGAUCCAUGUGGUUAGGACCAGCCUACAGGAUAUCCGCAAAGCUAUCAAGGGUCUUGUUAUCAUGUCGUCAGAACUGGAGGAUGUCUUUGAUAGCAUGAUGGUCGGCAAGGUCCCCGCCAUGUGGGCAGCCAAAUCCUACCCAUCCCUAAAGCCCCUAGGGAGCUACGUCACUGACCUUCUGGCAAGGCUUACAUUUUUCAAGGACUGGAUAUACGGAGGACCACCCAUUGUGUUCUGGAUUUCCGGAUUUUACUUCACCCAGUCAUUCCUCACAGGAGUGAUGCAGAACUACGCCCGCAAGUACAAGAUCCCCAUCGAUCACCUUGGCUUCGAGUUUGAAGUGACAAAGUCAGAAACAAAUAUGUCCAACAAACCGUCGGACGGGGCCUAUAUCAAGGGACUGUUUAUGGAAGGAGCCCGUUGGUGUCGGACAAGGAAAGUCAUCAUUGAGUCCCUCCCAAAGAUCCUUUAUGACCUUAUGCCAAUUAUCCAGCUGAAGCCUGGUAACAAGGCCGAGUUUGACCUCAGAGACACCUACGCUUGUCCCACUUACAAGACAAGUGCUCGAAGAGGGACCCUAUCUACUACUGGUCAUUCCACCAAUUUUGUUUUGACAAUUAUGUUACCGAUAGACAUGGAGGACAACCACUGGAUCAACCGUGGAGUGGCACUGCUCUGUCAAUUAGACGAUUAGAUAGUAACUAUAGAGGACAACCACUGGAUCAACCGUGGAGUGGCACUGCUCUGUCAAUAUUAGACGAUUAGGUAGUAACUAUAGAGGACAACCACUGGAUCAACCGCGGAGUGGCACUGCUCUGUCAAUUAGACGAUUAGGUAGUAACUAUAUAGAGGACAACCACUGGAUCAACCGUGGAGUGGCACUGCUCUGUCAAUUAGACGAUUAGAUAGUAACUAUAGAGGACAAUCACUGGAUCAACCGCGGAGUGGCACUGCUCUGUCAAUUAGACGAUUAGAUAGUAACUAUAGAGGACAACCACUGGAUCAACCGUGGAGUGGCACUGCUCUGUCAAUUAGACGAUUAGGUAGUAACUAUAGAGGACAACCACUGGAUCAACCGCGGAGUGGCACUGCUCUGUCAAUUAGACGAUUAGAUAGUAACUAUAGAGGACAACCACUGGAUCAACCGUGGAGUGGCACUGCUCUGUCAGUUAGACGAUUAGAUAGUAACUAUUAGAGACAUAGAGGACAACCACUUGAUCAACCGUGGAGUGGCACUACUUUGUCAGACAAUUAGGUAGUAACUAUAGAGACAUGGAGGACAACCACUUGAUCAACUGCGGAGUGGCACUGCUCUGUCAGUUAGACGAUUAGAUAUUGACAGUAGAGACAAAGAGACCACUGGAUCAGCCGCGGAGUGGCACUGCUGUCAUUUCCAGGAUUAGGUAGUAACUAUAGAGACAUGGAAGACAACCACCAAAUCAACCGCAGAGUGACACUGCUCUGUCCGUUCCACGAUUAGGUAGUAACUAUUAGAGACAUACAUACAAAUGUAGAGGACAACUGGAUCAACCGCGGAGUGGCACUGCUUUGUUACACAAUUAGGAAGUAUGUGUAGUGUGUUCAUACUGGCCAAAAGCCAAUUUGUCUGCCUGAUAAGGACAGCUCCAAGUCGAACCAUAUUGUGUCAGGAAGACCAUGAGACCAUCAUAUUGAAGAAGGUGCCUUGUAGUUCUCCUGAUAUCUCUCUGUCCAUCAACACUUUUUUUUUUUUUUUUUUUGAGAUGUCUAUGUGUCCGUCCAAAGUCUAGGGGAGAUUUUCUCAGAAUCCUGAAAUCCUAAAUUCCUGAUGUUGUUCAGGAAUAUACACUGUUAUAUUUAGAUGUGCAAUAGGAGUGCAGUUGUUAUAGGUCAAGGUCACUAAAGGGAUUAAACAGGAGCCGAUAUUAUCUGCUACAUUAAGUAGUUCAAGGGGAAAACUGGUGAUGUUCUGGAUCUCUGGUGUGUUAAUGUGACUUUAUAUAACAGACUGUGUUUAUCCUGCAAUAAGCCCAUGUCUAAUGAAAAUCCUACCCAUUAUGUUCAUCCCAUAAUAAGUCCAUGUUUAAUUAAAAUCCUACCCAUAUCUCUUGGACUUAGAGAUGUCAGUUCAUUGUCCUGUAAUUUAACCAGUCUUUUGAUUCAGUCAGUGUUCAUGUGUUGGGCUUACUUCAGGAUAAACACGGUAAGAAAUCAUACACAGUGCUGCAUGUUUACAAAACGUAGUGCUACCAUGUGACACAGUGCUAUAUAUAACAUGUACGUACUGCAUAUCCUACAAUAUCAGCUUAUUCUAAGACACACCAGGUGUUUCAAAUCAGAGUUCUUUUUUAUUAUUAUUAUUAUUGAAUAAGAAGCUUUACAAUUAGCUGGCCAUGUUAAAAUAGCCUCUGUAUCAUUUUAGUAGGCUGCUCUCCUUAGACUGACUUGAUCUUGACAAUGUGUAGUGCAAUCAUGUGUCAUUAAAUGUUAAUUCACUUUCAUUGUCGUAUUCAUCUGGUUUGGUGCAACUUAUUACUGGUGAUAUCUGGAAUCGUGAUCAAUAUGUCGUUGUAAAAUGAAGCACUGGCCUCAUUUUCAUAAAAAAAAAUCUCAUGUUUUAUUAGAGUUUUCCUCAAAUUCAUGGAUUUGACAUAGAUUGCUCACAAUUUUGAGAUGUUCCUUACAUUUCAGACAAGGGAAAUGAUUAUUGUGUCAUACAUUUUGCCAAAAAUCAAGUAUAUAUCUGGUUUUUAAAUGAUUGCACAGGCAUUUUAACUUUGAAAACUAAUUAUUCCUGUCCCAAGAUAAUAGACUGGUUUAAUAUUUGUUUAUAUUUGGUAGGAUAUUUAGAUAUAAAUGAAGAAGUAUAUAUCAAACAUAUCUUUAAAGUCAUCAGCACAGUAGGACAAGUUAAUCGUAGAUAGUUUUUGUAAAGAGGUUAACAAGUUGAUAAAAUCACAGGUAGGUGGUCUUAAUAUAAAGACGUAGGUGUUUUAAGAAGAUGAAUGGUAUUUUAUGUGGUUACUUUAUAAGAGCAUGCACAUUUUAUGUGUAUGAAUAUAUCAGAUAGGUAUUUAUACAGAGUAAAUGUAAUAUUGUAAUAAUUUAUUGGAAUAAUAACAGUCAUUGAUCUACUGUUAGAAUUAUAUUCAGUUUAUUGAUAUCUUGUUACCAAAUCAUGUGAUAGUAUUAAAUGUAUAAAAUAGUUGUUCUUAUGCAUGGGGUUUAUGAAUUAUUUCAUCUGUCGAGGAAACAGUAUUUACAUGUUAAAUAUAUUUAUUUUGUCUCAUUUUUUAAAUUGUCAAUCUAUAUUCAUCAUUAUGUAUAUUCAUGCUGUCUAAAAUUUGAUAUAUAAAUUAGUUUUAGUAUUAUAAACCGCCUACACAAGUCUUUCACGUGUGUUAUUCGUAAUAUGAAGCUAAAUAUUUAUACCUACAUAUACAUGUACAUGUCAAAUUCAAUGUCCACCUGCAGAACUUUUUAUGUGUACUUUGUGGUAAAUUUUUACCAUGAAAUAAUGUGUACGAGUAAUUUUGUCUUGUAAAUGCUAAUUAUAGCAGAUAUUUGCAUUAUUUAUUUUUGCUACACGUGAAAAGAAAAUCAAGAAAGUAUUCAUGGUUAAUGAAAUAAGUUUGUGUAAAAUGUACAAAUUAUUUUUUAUUGGCAUGUAUUUUUUAUAUACUGGGGCAAUAUAUGUUCGUGUCCUAGUUUAAAAUUCUUUUUAUAAAACUAGUAUAUUGAUGUCCUUACUAUACUGUAAAAUUCCCACAAAUUUGAGAUAAAAACACCAACAAAACGGAACUCUAAUCAAUUAAUUACAUGUAAUCUACUGAAAUAUUGAAAAUAAUCUUACUAAGAUUUUUUUAAAUAAAAAAAAAUUACUAUCCAAUGUAUUUUGUCCAUAUCUGUAUAUACAUUAUGUGAAUCAUAAAAUAUUUUUUUAUUUUAAUCAUAUUUAAGUUAAUAUAACAGCAGGGAAGUCUAUAUAUACGUCCCUGAUAUUAGUAAGGUUAUUUGACAUGUACAUACACACAUGUAUCUGACAUAAACAGAUAUAACUCUACCCAGUCAUGAUCUCCUUCUUUCCAAUGGACAUGUGAUAUAAGGACCCCCUAUUCUACCACAGGGAAGUGAUCGACAUGUUUAAGUAUUUACCUAUUUUGUUGAGGAUGAAGAGGUAACAGGAUCAUUCUAGGAAAGUCUACCUCGUCUGUUUGACAGUAAAUCAAAAAAUCACAAUAUCUUAAAUCUUCCUGAAUUUUGUAAUAUUGUUUACAUUUUAAAAUUGGUAGGGAAUUAAGUUAUAUCUCAUAUUUAGACCUUUGUUUGAUUUGUGAUUUAUAAAUGUGUGAUUUAUUUCAUAAAUAAAUAUGUGAUAUGUUCAUGUGAAAUGUUUUGUUAAGGGUGAAGACAUUUUUUUUAUGUUUUCCCCAAACUGAUGAAAUCAGUGCACAUAUCAUAAUUUAUUAAAAUUAGAGAAAGCAUGUUCAUAAAGUGUAUGCUGUGUAAAAUAUUUGAUUUAUGAAGCAGUCAAAAGUGGGAAUUAAUCAAAUGAAAGGCUCAACUGUAGAAACUCCUGAAGACCAUGUUUCAUCAAUAGAUAAACUUUUUUUCAAUAUCUUUGUAUUGUCUGUUGCAUAUACAACACAAAGAAAUAAAACCGGUAGUAAAGGAUUAAGCAUUUCUGAAGAAAAUUAACAAAUAUUUAUCUAAUGAAAUAUUGUCUGAAAAUAGAAGCUUUGGGAGAAAAUUAAAUGCUUUUGAAAGGUGUUAGACAAUAAAACAUUUGAGAAAAUGAAAUUCCAUGGUUUUGAUAUUUGAAAUAUGUUCAAGAAAAUUUUCACUGAUAUACACAUUAGUUAGUGUCUACAUUGUAAACACUCUAGAUACAGCACUGUGAUAAACUGUUGUGAUAAUUUACAUCUUUUUUAAUGUUUGUGAUACUAUGUGAUAAUUACUUUUAAAAAAGCUUUGAUUACUUGUACAUCGUAAUUGUGCUUAUUUUACAUGUUUUUAUUUUAUUUUCAUUAAAAUCCAUUUGAUAUUGACUAUAUUUAUGUUACAAUAUUUUCCUGCGCAAUAGUGAACAGCCUGUAUUUAAAGGUUUUUGGUUUUUUUUUUAGUAAUAUUUCUGUUAUUGGUACAGUAUUUCACCUAAUCUUACAUCAAUUGCACCCAGGUAAUUAAUAUAUAUAUUAUUUAGUACAUUAUAAAUUGUCGAUAUCAAUUCUAAAAGUAUUAUAAAUUGUAGAUAUCAAUUCUAAAAGUAUUUAUAAAACUUUGUUUCAUUUAUUUAUUUAUACAGAGAUAUUCCUCAUUGUCAUGUUACGUUUUAAUUCAACACUUUUUCAUCUUCAUUUGUUGUUGCAAAUUUUGAUCACACAUAUCAAAUGCUUCGUUUUAUUUCAUGUUGUCAUUUGAAUUUCAAACACAUCCUGUUUUAAUGUUUUUGAUGAUAAUGCCAAUCUUUGGUAUAUAGAAUUUUUUACUGUUGCCUCACUAUAAUUAUUAGAGACUGCACAUCAGUUGAGGAAUCAUGCUUUGCACUUUUCUUCCAGAAAUCAAAAUUUCAAAUGUGACAAAAAUGAGGGAGAUAUCAUGUUGGUAAACUUAUGAAGCACGUGAAACACACAUUAGUAUUACGGCAUAUAUAGGCUCAUUAUAGAUUAUUUAGGAUUAGAACUUUACUUACAAUAGAAAGAGUUUACUCACAUUUUUUCAUCAUUUAUUACGGAUAGAUUAGGCAAUAUUACAUUGGAGAAGAGAGAGAGAGAGAACAAGAGAGGGAGGAAAAAGAGAGCGAGAGAGACCUCAUUAAAGUUAAGUUACAUUAAUAGCUUGGGUAUAUAUAUAUGACCUCUGCACUAUGACAUGUGAUACUACAUUAUUUCUAUCUGUAUGUACUACUAGUAUUACGUUUAUAGGUCACAGCGACCUAGUUAUGACAAAGACAUGACACAUUUCGUCUGUGAUAUGGUGACCAUUUUGAUGUUAUAGAUACUUACAUAUAUAAUGCAUGGCAGUAUCUUCAAAAGUCAGUAUGGUAGAUGUCCUUGAAUUAUGUUUAAUGAAAUUAAAUUGGUGAACAAAUAUAUGGGUUAUAUUUCAUCAUAAUUGGCAUAUAACAUAAAGAUAGAAAUAUUUCAAUAUCUGCCGAAAUAUAUCUAAAAUGACUUGACCAAGGAGGAACAUAGUGAAAAAUGAAGUACUACAUAUAUUAUGUAAAUGUUAGCAUUUAUCAUACCGUGGCUUUCUAUAAUACAGGUGGGAAGGGAAUAUAUUAAAUUGAGGCUUAAUAUUACACGGUGAAAAAUAAAUUAUUUUCAUACAUUUGUA